AUGGUUUUGGUUUUAUCUUCCGGCAGAAAGAAGUUUGGGCGUUGUGGUUUGAGCAAUAAGUUCUCUACAAGAACAGCACAAAAUAAGGAAGAAGUUAGUUUUCAGAGAGUUAGUCUGAAGAUGGGAUUGUUACAAUUAACAGCAAACGAGAAUGGAAAUGCUAUUUUAGUUUCACAAAGUUCAUGGCUGAUGAAACACCCUUCGGCCUUAGAUACAUUCGAACAGAUGAUGAACAUAGCUAGAGGGAGAAAGAUAGUAGUGUUUUUGGACUAUGAUGGAACCCUCUCAAAUAUUGUACCAAAUCCUGAUGAAGCUUUUAUGACUAACAAGAUGAGAAUUGCAGUACGCGAAGUUGCUAAAUGCUUUCCCACCGCAGUCAUAAGUGGAAGAAGUCGAAAUAAGGUGCAUGGCUUUGUGAGAUUGGACAAUGUUUAUUAUGCUGGGAGUCAUGGUUUGGACAUAGCAGCUCCAUUACCAUCUUCAAAAUAUGCAGAUCAAAAGCAUCAAAACAGGAUAGCUGAUGAAAUGGGUAAUGAAUUUGCUCUCUUCCAACCAGCUCAGAGGUACCUGCCUGCAAUUCGAAAGAUGCUUAUUGCAUUGAAUGAGAAAACCAAAAGCAUAAAAGGAGUUGUUAUUGAAGACAAUAAGUUCUGCAUAUCAGUGCACUACAGAAAUGUACUUGAUGAGCAUUUUUGCACUCUUGAAAAGCUGGUGAAAUCUGUAUUACAAGAUAACCGCGAUUUUCGCAUAUCAAAGGGCAAAAAGGUUUUUGAGAUACGCCCUGACAUAGAGUGGGACAAAGGUCAUGCUUUGGAAUAUUUACUUGAAACUCUAGGAUUCAGCAGCUCAGAUGAUGUCCUACCCAUUUACAUUGGAGAUGAUCGAACCGAUGAAGAUGCUUUUAAGGUAAUAAGGAACAGGGGAGAAGGUUUUCCAAUAGUUGUUUCUUCCACACCAAAGGACACGAUGGCUCUGUACUCUCUGCGUAACCCAACAGAGGUCAAUAAAUUCUUGUCACGUUUAGUUACUUGGAGGAAAAAGACUUCUUUCUGCAAGUUAGUCUAAUUAAAGAGAGGGAAAAGCAUAGGCUACAGAAUGUAAUGUGGCCCGGUUUAUAACCCUUUGAUGAAUCUGUGGCCAUGUCACAUUGUAAUACUUAACAAUUUUUCCUUUCGUUUUCCUCUUUUUUGGGAAUUUCUGCAAAGAAAGACGACGGUCCACUAUAAUUUGAUCCGACAUUAUAUGAAUGACUCCAAUAAGAACGAAUGAGGUAUUAAUGGAGAAUUGAAAUUUUUUUCAAGAGG